AUGGGCGUGGAGGAAGAGUUGCCUCAUAACCAAGACAAUUUUACGGAGUACUGGGGGGACCAUUUGGUCGACCACGCGCCGUGCUGCUCAUCGAUGCAGUUUGCGCACCUCAAUACGGUGAACAACACUUGGAUGAGCGCACUACAACAGAAAAAAGUGUGCGACCGAGCGCUUGCAGUGAGCGACUCCAGCUCAGACGGCGUCAUAACCGAAACAAUUGUCAUAACGCACUCGAUGGGCAACUUGAUGCUCGCUGGGGCUAUCGCGAACGGGAGGUGCAUGUUGGACGCGAGUUCGACGUGGGUGGGCUUGGCUGGGCCUAUGAAGGGGAGUAUGGCUUCAGACUUUAUUCAAGAGUCUUGUGCUGGAGAAACUAAUAUCGUCUGGGAGAAGAUUGGAAAUGUUACGGGACGAUGCCCUGCGAGUACAGCGCUGAAGUCUCUGGCGUACGAUAAUGGGACCCAUGUCAAUGAGGAGAUGAAGGCAGCGUAUACAGCAGCGCAGGAGGUUUACCGGACUCAUAUCCACGCGUUGAUGUGCAGCAGUUGGUACUCCGGUAUUGCGUCAAAGUACCAGGCCCAGUUCUGGGCGAUAGGCACCAUGGUCCCUCACAAGUCGCGCAAGAAUGACGGCAUGGUCGAGUUUGAGAGCUGCUCCGCCGGGUUCCCGAAGUCCGAAUUCGGUGAGAGCUGGAAAGAUCGUUUCUACAAGACACAUCUGAAUCAUUAUGAUAUGGAGUUUCUAUCAGGCGAUGCGAUCCUCAAUGGAGAGAAAAUGCCUGUGAAGUGGUUCGAGUGUUUGCUAUAA